GAAAACUCAAUUUCGUAUUCACAUUUGCGCGCCGGAACGCGCCAGACGUCGGCCAUUUUGUUUUGUUUUCUUUUUAAAUUUGAACUUUUUAAUUUUUGUGUGCGCAAAGGAUUUUUGUUUAGUGAAGUUAUUUUAUGUGUUUUUAAGGAUUUUUUUUUUCGCUUCGUGUAAAAUACGAAGAAAAUGAUAGACGCUGUCCUGCCCAGCUGACAAAAUACUGACAAUAUCAAGGAAUGCUGAUCCAAGAUGGCGGAAGCUGAGACACCAAUAACUGUAGAUGACUUGCCUAUGAGUUUUCAGGUCAAAUACUUAGGUCAGAGAGAUGCUAAAGGUUUAUGGGGUAUAAAGCAUACGAGGAAGCCGGUAGACCUGAUGGUAGCUGCUGCAAAAGCGUUACCUCCAGAUCAAAUCCUGCCAAUAGUCAAACUUGUUAUAUCGACCGACGGCGUCUUAUUGGAAACAUUAAAUCAUGGCGUCAAAAGAGACCAAUUCGAAUCGAUGUCUGUGUUCUUCAAAAUUGAAUCCAUAUCCUAUGGAGUCCAAGAUCUGGUGUACACCAGGGUAUUCUCCAUGAUCACUGUUAAGGACACUGCUAAUGUUAAAGGGUUAAACCCGUUUGAGUGUCACGGCUUCGUCUGUGAAUCGAGAAACGCUGCGAGACGCCUUAUAUACUCGCUUUCAGCCGCCUUCCAAGAUUAUUCUAGAAGAGUGAAAGAGUUGCAAGCAGGUCCAGGAGAGUCAGACGAACGACAUCCCAGUUUCAAGAAGCGAUUCGCAAUAGACUUGAGAACGCCAGAGGAAAUCGAGGCAGACUUGGAGACAGAGGCUUAAAAGGAUUAGUCAUUAAGAAAAAAUCUAUUAUCUAUGGAAUUUGAAAAACACAUUCAGAAAAAAAAGCAGCGAAUUUUCUAACUUUAAAAAUAAAAGCAUAUUUUUUUUUAACCAUAAAGUCGGUUGCUGAUGUUUAAAGAGUUCGCAAUGGCUUCUUUUUUUUUAAAUAUUUUUUUAAACUAAUUUCAGUCUGUAAUUGAAAGUAGACGCAUUGGUCUUUUUUAAAAAAAAAAUGUAAUAAAUACUACAUGGCGCCAAAAUAAACAUUCUAUUUUCCUGUCGUAAUGAGAAAUUUCUUUAGAAAUAAGUACUGCAUUUGUAUUAAAGUUUUUGUUUGUAUUUAAGUUCUUUCUGUUUUUUGCUUGUUGUAGAUAUAUAUAUAUAUAAUUGUGAGUCUGGAGAAGGAUAAGGUAAAAACUGUAGUUCCCGUGGUAUUUGCGAAAAUCCUGUAUUCUUUUAUAGGCGUCGCUGAAUUCGUUGCUUUUUGAAGAUGGCGCUAAAUUUUAGCGCUAGGUUUAAAGCUAGCAUUGUACAUUUCUAUUUUUUAAUAUUAUUUCAAUACAUAUUAGUUUUUUUCUUUUUGUUAUUUAUAUUUUAUAGUUCCAGAAUACAGCGUGUAUUUGAAAAUUGUGGUAUAAUUUAAAAUAAACUAUAUUAAAGUUGAUACCAAUAAGUAUUUAUCAAACCAAAUUAUAUUUUUGUGAUGUAGAAUAAUAGGAAGAUAAGCAUCAAAGUAAUAUAACAUUUGUAUUAUAUUGUGUAGAUUUGUUAUUAAAACUAUUUUAUUAAAAGUUUGUUGUGGAAAAA